AUGGAGGAAUUUUCCAAAAGCCAGAGAAAUGAGAUUAGUAGAAAGACAGAAUGUGGAAGAUCCUUAAAGGCCUUGCCACUAGGACAAGGAAAAACCAUGAGAGAAGAGAAAAAAACUGUUGGUGAGAAGGAGCGACCUCUGGGGCUCCGGAUCCACGGGUCUCCACAUUCACAAAGCCCCCUACAAGCAAUCCCGGGGGGCCCCAAGGCCUUGGCCGCUCAGACGAGGAAGGCUUCCCGGGUUCAUAUCGAAAUCUUGGUCGUUUGUUCUCCGGGCCCUAGAGCCUUGCUGGCAGAAGGGGAGCGACUGGGAGUCUCCACAGCCCCGCCGCCCUCCCGCAGCCUGAAAACCCUGCAGACACAGCGGCUAGAAGUACUGAGCGCCUACCAGUACGUGCUCACUUUCCUCUUAAUGGGCCCUUUCUUUUCCCUUCUUCUCCUCUUCCUCCUCUUCACGCCACUCUGGUGUUUCUCUGUUCUCUACUUGGCAUGGUUAUUCCUGGACCGGGACACAUCCCACCAAGGCGGAAGGCGUUCCGAGUGGAUAAGGAACUGGACUGUUUGGAAACACCUAAGGGAUUAUUAUUAUCCCAUUAGACUGGUGAAAACAGCAGAGUUGGCCCCCGACCCGAACUACGGGCUGGUCUCUCACCCACGUGGGAUCAUGAUCAUCGGAACCUUUUGUAACUUCUCCACUGAGAGCACCGGCUUCUCCCGGCAGUUCCACGGGAUUCGGCCCUCGACACCCGCCCUCUUCUAGCUCCCAGUCUAUCGAGACUGCGCUCAGUGUCUGUAACCAGAUAGUGGAAGUGGGAAAAGGGGACAGAAGGCAUACAUACUCUUGUUUCUAUAGAGUUACUUCCACUC